AUGACUCCUUUCCCGCCAUACCCACCCAUUCGAUGUCCGUCUAUGUCGUUGCCACCGAUUCAAGAUGAAUCUCCAAAAUCGAUCCUCCCUCAUCUCUCCGGAACCCUAUUAAACCCACAGAGCAGAAAACUCUACGAGUUUGCAACAUCCCCUUUCCACGCUACGAUAAGGUUUGAAGCAACAAUAGAGUGCCGUCCUCAUACCUUCUCCGCCCACUCCCUUCCCCUCAAGGAAAAAGCGAAAUCGAUAAUCAAACGUACGUUAUUCGCUGCAUGCAUCCCCAACACAUCAUUGAAACUCGGAGCCUUUCAAACAAUGACGUUUGUACGGUAAGCUCAAUCUCUAACUUCGUGCUUGUUCAAUCGUCUUCCCUGAUUUUCUCAAAUAUAAUUUAUCCUUGCUGCGUAUUAUUACUUUAAUAUUAACAUCAUUUCCUAGGGAUUGCGAUAUCAUCUGUAUAUCUGCGCAUUCAUCAUCGCGAUCGUAUACGAACAAUCAUCGUAUUUUCUCUUAUUUGUAGUUUCGUUCAAUUCGUUUCUCCGUGUUUC